AGCACACAAAAUGGCUGAAAAUGGCAAUUUUGCUGUUCCAGCACCGCCAAGACAGUUUGGAUCACUGGCGAAUGCAGAAAGCGUGAAUGCAAUCUUGAAUGCACAACAGCAAAACCAUGGACCCACAGUGUCUUUGGAACGAAUGGAAGUAUCAAAUCAAGCAGAUUCACGCCACGAUGCUGAAAUGUUUGCAGAAUUUGAUAGAAGACGGAGAGCAAGAACUCUCACAUUGCCAACAGAUGAUGUUCAGGUAAAACUGAAACUUCGUGCUCUAAACCAACCAAUUUGUUUGUUCGGAGAAGAUGCAUUGGAUAGAAGAGAAAGACUUAGAGCUCUACUUUCAACAAUGUCUGAAGAUGAAAUUGCAGCCGUUUUGCAUACUGAUGAAGUGAAUGCUGAUAAAGCAGACGAAGAAACCGUUACUUGGUAUCAUCGUGGUCCGAUUGAACUUCGGAUGGCACGCGUUUCAAUCGCUGAUUUUUCUCUAAGAAAAGCUAAAUUAAGACUUGACAAAGCUCGAGAAGAAGCUGCUCGCCCUGCUCACGAAAAAGCUUUGGCUCGUCAAGAAGCUCACAAAUGGGUUCAACAAAUCAAUCUUCAUGCUUCUCAAGUUGCAGACACACGCCCUGUGGCUUUUUGUGAAUUUUCAGCAGAUUCUGAACAUAUUGUUACCGCUGGCUGGUCCGGAUCAGUGGCAGUUUGGAAGCGAGAACAAUGUGCUCAAGAAAUUAAAUUUAUUGGACAUUCAUCUCAAGCAGGGUGUGCACGUUUUCAUCCCGGUGCAUUUACUCAGAAUGAUUAUUCUUCUUUGAAUGUGGUUUCGUGUUCGUAUGAUGGAACCGUUCUUCUAUGGUCGCUAAGCCAGGAAUCACCAAUCGGAGAACUAGAACAACAUCCACAAAGAGUAUCUAAAGUUGCGUUCCAUCCAAAUGGUCAUCAUCUCGCUACUGCAUGCUUCGAUUCCACGUGGAGAAUGUACGACUUGACAACGAAAAAAGAGUUACUUUAUCAAGAAGGACACUCAAAAUCAGUAGCUGAUGUGGCAUUCCAUCCAGAUGGAUCAGUCGCUCUAACUGGCGGACACGAUUGUUAUGGAAGAGUUUGGGAUAUGCGAACUGGAAGAUGUAUUAUGUUCCUUGAUGGUCACACAAAAGAAAUUCACAGUGUUGAAUGGAUGCCAAAUGGUUAUGAAAUGAUUACUGGAAGCUCGGACAAUUCAAUGAAAGUUUGGGAUCUUCGGAUGAGACGAAAUACAUACACUAUGCCAGCUCAUACAUCAGUUGUUACCCGGGUGCGUGCUGAUGCUGCUGGCCAAUAUCUUGUUUCUGCCAGCUUCGAUUGUACUCUUAAAAUGUGGUCGACCACUGGAUGGCAACCACUAAGACAACUUCAGGGUCACGAUACUAGAAUCCUGUGCGUAGACAUCAGUCCAGAUGGACAAUGGAUGUGCUCAUCGGCAUUUGAUCGUACAUUUAAAUUAUGGGCUCAAUCUGAUUAUUGAUUUGUUUUAGUAAAUGUUCUACUUCAAUUGUUGGUUUCAUAUUAUAUUCCUUUUUUCAAGUUGUUCUCUUCUCCCGAAAAUGAUCUGUGAAUUAGAAUAAAACUUAUUUAUUUUU